CAACGCUUGGUUUGCCAUGGUAUGGUAUAGUAUGGUAUGGUUCCCCAUUCUCUUCCAUUGCAUGCAGAAAAUACUACGUUCUGCCAAGAAUCGCGGGUACCGGUAGUAUUUGGCUUAAGCAGCCAGUUCGAUAAGAACGGUGAAAUUGAAGAAACGUUGAGUGAUUACCGGAAGUAGUGAAGAAAACGUGAGCUCUAGAGCACAGUACCUAAAUGGUGUUUUUUAUAGUGGUGAAAUGUGGACAAAAUUAGAUAAACGGACUAGUAUUUGAAAACUUUGCCCAAAAUCGCUAAAAUUAAAAUGGGAUUUCAAUUGGUGUAUAAAGUAUUCCUCUUAACUGCUCUGGGCCUUUUUAGUGUUUCCGGCAUCACGACUAUCCACCACGAUAAACCCGAUUUGAUCACAUCCACACUGACAACUUUCGCACCAACAUAUGAAGCAAACAGCAGUUCAUUACUUCUAACAGACCUCAAUCUAACACUAUCUUCGUCUGAGAGAAAAAAACGGCUGCUGCCGUAUCAGAAUUUUUAUUUCAAUCAACCGUUUAACAGACCCCAUCAGGCUGGCGUUUCUGCUCAACAGUACAAAGAUUAUGAAGGAAUACGGAGACCAAUCAAGAAACCAGAGCUUCAACCAAUUGAUUUUCGUCCAUCGAAUGCUGUGUACCAAACUGGCCAAAAAUUCAAUCCGUUUCGAGAAAACAAUGCUCUACCAGGUUCAUUUAGGCCUAUGGUGAAUAUUAACAAUCCUAAGCCACAAUUCAUUGUGUUGGAAAAUCCUCCCACAGCAGAAGACUCAAAUAAAGAUGUUAACGCCCAUAGCCAGCCAUCGUCUGAUUUAAGUGCCAUAUACGAAAAACUAGCUCAACUGAAAUUAAGGCAGCAAGCGAUGCACCUGAGGGCGCCCUAUGGAUACAGAUUGGUGUCACCGCAUCGAUUUAGAGAGAGGCCACCAAAAAUCCAAGAGCAUCGGCCCAAUUACGAAGUACCCAGAUACAAAAUCCAGCCAUCUAAAACUACAAUCGAAACUUUCACUGCCACAAACAUCGAUAUACCAGAUGCAAACGAGGAAGCAAAGUACGACUAUCAGGAACCACCACGGUACCAUCAAGCACCGACGCCAAGCAAAGAAGUGCCGGUGCGGAACCAAUUUCGAGAAAACAUUAAACCGUACAUUCAUCAUCAGGUUUUACUGGAAGUGCCACAGGGGAGCAGUCCAGUCCAUUAUAAUCCGCAGGAGGUAAGGAAACCUGCAAAUCACCCCACGGAACGACCAAGAACAUACAUCCUCGUCCAGCAGAAUAAACCAAGCCCCAAACAGCCUAUUUACCUGCUAAGAAAGCCGAAGCCAGCGGCAAUAGUGGAUGAAAGCUACGUUGCAGAAAAUUUCUCUCCAGUGGUGUUUUCAAAGAAUCAAAACUACCAACAGCAGAGACCAAUUUUCGUCCCACAAGAAGCUCCAGCUCCAGUUUACGAAAAUCCCUAUGAGACUCAAUAUCAAGUGACUCCAGGAUCCACCGAAGGCUACCACCAGGAAUACCAACACCUGGAUGCUCCCAACUACGAGGAUAAAGUUCCAGCUCAAAAACCCAACCAGCUGCAACCGAAAUUUCCGGAAUCUACAGUGCAGUUCAAUAACCCAGAAGGUUAUUACCAUUAUCAGUCAAUCAGUCCCACGCCUACGACAUCGGAACCUGAGCCAGCCUACCAGCAUCAAAGGGUUCCUGAAAAACCACAUCCAACCAUUCAAAACCCUAAACCGUAUGAACAAGAGUACGCAGCAACGCCAACUGCCCCAAAGCUGGAAAGUUCCAAAGGAAAUUCUCUGGCAGAAGUUUUGAAGAAACUCCAAGACAGCAACGCUUUACCUCAAACUUUAACUGCGGAUAACAUUGACAACAGCAUUAAGACCUUGGUGAAAAUCCUCAACGCUCUUAAGGAAAGACAGAAGCAGCAGAAACCAGUAGUAGUCCAGGACGAAUAUGAGUACGAUAAUGAGGCUGGUGUGGAUUUGGGAGGCGAUGUUGUGGAUAGUCCAGAAGGUGGAACUCCCGGUAAAGCAGGAGUGGAUUAUCCCGCGUUAUCUUCCAUUCCUAAAACCACUUUCAGCUGCAAGACCCAGAGGUAUAAGGGAUUCUUUGGGGAUCCAGAUACUAACUGCCAGUUUAGGGAAAUUACUGUUGGGCGCAAAGUAGCUAAAAUCCUGUUGGUACUACUGAAAGGUAGUUCUAAAAGCGUUCGUGGAUCGAAGGAAUCAAGGAUCGGUUCCGAACAAGUACUGAACCGAACCUGCGCCCUAAUUCGGCCGCAUUUGAGGUCAAUAUGUACUACCUACAGUAUAUUCAAACUUAUAUUCCAUCGACACGUUCUACUUUGUGCAGAAUUGUUAUACACUCAAUUUUUUUCAGGCCUUUUUAGUGUUUCCGGCAUCACGACUAUCCACCACGAUAAACCCGAUUUGAUCACAUCCACACUGACAACUUUCGCACCAACAUAUGAAGCAAACAGCAGUUCAUUACUUCUAACAGACCUCAAUCUAACACUAUCUUCGUCUGAGAGAAAAAAACGGCUGCUGCCGUAUCAGAAUUUUUAUUUCAAUCAACCGUUUAACAGACCCCAUCAGGCUGGCGUUUCUGCUCAACAGUACAAAGAUUAUGAAGGAAUACGGAGACCAAUCAAGAAACCAGAGCUUCAACCAAUUGAUUUUCGUCCAUCGAAUGCUGUGUACCAAACUGGCCAAAAAUUCAAUCCGUUUCGAGAAAACAAUGCUCUACCAGGUUCAUUUAGGCCUAUGGUGAAUAUUAACAAUCCUAAGCCACAAUUCAUUGUGUUGGAAAAUCCUCCCACAGCAGAAGACUCAAAUAAAGAUGUUAACGCCCAUAGCCAGCCAUCGUCUGAUUUAAGUGCCAUAUACGAAAAACUAGCUCAACUGAAAUUAAGGCAGCAAGCGAUGCACCUGAGGGCGCCCUAUGGAUACAGAUUGGUGUCACCGCAUCGAUUUAGAGAGAGGCCACCAAAAAUCCAAGAGCAUCGGCCCAAUUACGAAGUACCCAGAUACAAAAUCCAGCCAUCUAAAACUACAAUCGAAACUUUCACUGCCACAAACAUCGAUAUACCAGAUGCAAACGAGGAAGCAAAGUACGACUAUCAGGAACCACCACGGUACCAUCAAGCACCGACGCCAAGCAAAGAAGUGCCGGUGCGGAACCAAUUUCGAGAAAACAUUAAACCGUACAUUCAUCAUCAGGUUUUACUGGAAGUGCCACAGGGGAGCAGUCCAGUCCAUUAUAAUCCGCAGGAGGUAAGGAAACCUGCAAAUCACCCCACGGAACGACCAAGAACAUACAUCCUCGUCCAGCAGAAUAAACCAAGCCCCAAACAGCCUAUUUACCUGCUAAGAAAGCCGAAGCCAGCGGCAAUAGUGGAUGAAAGCUACGUUGCAGAAAAUUUCUCUCCAGUGGUGUUUUCAAAGAAUCAAAACUACCAACAGCAGAGACCAAUUUUCGUCCCACAAGAAGCUCCAGCUCCAGUUUACGAAAAUCCCUAUGAGACUCAAUAUCAAGUGACUCCAGGAUCCACCGAAGGCUACCACCAGGAAUACCAACACCUGGAUGCUCCCAACUACGAGGAUAAAGUUCCAGCUCAAAAACCCAACCAGCUGCAACCGAAAUUUCCGGAAUCUACAGUGCAGUUCAAUAACCCAGAAGGUUAUUACCAUUAUCAGUCAAUCAGUCCCACGCCUACGACAUCGGAACCUGAGCCAGCCUACCAGCAUCAAAGGGUUCCUGAAAAACCACAUCCAACCAUUCAAAACCCUAAACCGUAUGAACAAGAGUACGCAGCAACGCCAACUGCCCCAAAGCUGGAAAGUUCCAAAGGAAAUUCUCUGGCAGAAGUUUUGAAGAAACUCCAAGACAGCAACGCUUUACCUCAAACUUUAACUGCGGAUAACAUUGACAACAGCAUUAAGACCUUGGUGAAAAUCCUCAACGCUCUUAAGGAAAGACAGAAGCAGCAGAAACCAGUAGUAGUCCAGGACGAAUAUGAGUACGAUAAUGAGGCUGGUGUGGAUUUGGGAGGCGAUGUUGUGGAUAGUCCAGAAGGUGGAACUCCCGGUAAAGCAGGAGUGGAUUAUCCCGCGUUAUCUUCCAUCCCUAAAACCACUUUCAGCUGCAAGACCCAGAGGUAUAAGGGAUUCUUUGGGGAUCCAGAUACUAACUGCCAGGUUUGGCACUAUUGCGAUCUGAACGGAGGCCAAGCAUCGUUUCUCUGCCCAAAUGGAACCAUCUUCAGUCAAGUCGCUUUAACCUGCGAUUGGUGGUACAAUGUUAAGUGCGCUUCCACUGCCCAACUUUACGUGCUAAAUGAGCGAUUGUACAAAUACAUUAUUCCACUUUCACCCAAGUUUCCCGAAGAUUAUAGCGGACCUCUAGUCGACAAGUACUUGGCCAUGAAGUUCCAAGAAAUGGAAGAAAAGCUUAGAAAGCAGAAAAAAGGCAAAGGAAAUGCUGAUGCAAAAGUAUCGGAAGAAACGGCUGAAAGUGAUGACACAGAAGAUGAUGAAGAUGAUGAUGACGAUGAAGACAGUGAUUCCUCAAAGGAAGAAUCCCAAGCUGUUGAAGAGACUGAAACCACAACUGCAACAAGCCAAACUCCAGAUGUAGCAACGAUUAUUAGCAGCAACACUCGGAAAUAAACUUCAGAACUAUUCCUGCAUCAAAUUGAAUGGUUCAAGUUCAAAUGAACAUUCCAAACAAUUCGCCUGUACAAAACAGUGACAAUCAAUACAUUUUAUUAUUUGUCUUCAAUUUUCCCUGACCAGAAACGAUUAAAAGUUUGCGUUACAUUCAACUGUACAUAAUUAAUCGUCCGAUUGUGUUUAAAUGUUUACGAACAGUUGGACACAUUGAGUGCAGUUAUAGAUGCUCAACUAGACGCAACCUUGUUUCAAUAAAUUAUUUUAAUUCAAAUAAAGUGACAUUUAAAUAGCACUCCAAAUGAUUACAAUUUGAACAAAUUGAAUAUAAUGAACUUACUUUAUAUAUGGAUACAAGUUUUUCGCAUUUAAAACGAUGAUAUUUGUAUGAAUUUUUGUUCUAAGAGUCUCAAGGAAAUUGUCCCGUUAAAAUGUCUACAUAUUAUUUACUUUAAAAGCUUAAUUGGGCUUUAUCGCAAAGUUUAUCAAUAAUAUCAUUUUUUUACAACAAUAUAAAGACUAACGAUUUUUGGGUCUCGAAUUCAUCUCACGGUAAACCAGCUCCACUAAGGAAGUAAAACUACAGAACAACGAAAAACUAAUUCGAAUUAAAAAUCAAAAUUUAAUUUCCAAGAAAAUCGAAUUUCAAAAGAUUAUCAGUUUAAAGUUAAAUUUAAAAAUCCGUUUCGUUCAAGGCAGAAUCCACGACUAAAAGUAAUCACAAUCAUUGUAAAUGCUUCUAAUGCUAAUGAAAGGAAAAUUAAACAGUGUUUAAAUAUGUACUAUUAAAUUUGGGGAAAAUAUAUCAAAUUUUAACAAUGACGCUCUGUAUAUAUGAAUUCAAGUUGAUAAGUAUUUUUAUUUAUUUAUUUUUGUAUACAUAAGCUGUUAAAAAAUUUGUUACUAUACAGUAAUUAUUGUAACAUGUACUUAAUUGUCAAUAGAAUUGUUCU